CUGACGGGGAGUCGGUGUCACUGGCCCGGCCCGCCCCGCCAUGGAGGUGUACAUCCCCUCCUUCCGUUACGAGGAGAGUGAGCUGGAGCGGGGAUACACGCAACCAUAACUAGUGGUCAGAAGUAAGAAGCAGAAUGCAGGCCAGCCUGCUGGUGACCACUUGGAAGCCUUCAGGUUCUGUCUCUGGGUUCCAACUACUGAGCAACUGGGAUGAGGAUGUUUUAUGUAAGUUCCUGGUCUUUAAAAUAGAGGUGCUUAUGAGUGGAAGGAAACAUUUUGUGGAGAAGAGGUAUAGUGAAUUCCAUGCACUUCAUAAAAAGCUCAAGAAAUUCAUAAGAACUCCAGAGAUGCCUUCAAAGCACGUCAGAAACUGGGUCCCCAAAGUCCUGGAGCAGCGACGGCAAGGCUUGGAGUUGUACUUGCAGACAGUCAUUUUAGAAAAUGAAGAGCUCCCUAAAAUAUUUCUUGAUUUCCUGAAUGUUCGCCAUGUACCUAGCUUGCCAAAAGCAGAAAGCUGUGGCUCUUUUGAUGAAACAGAAUCUGAAGAAUCAAGCAAACUGUCCCACCAGCCUGUGCUGCUGUUCCUAAGGGAUCCAUAUGUCUUGCCUAAAGCCAACGAUGACUUUCCAAACGUAGUUAUAGAAGGCAUUCUACAUGGAAUAUUUUAUCCUCAUUUACUGCCCAGGUAGAAGUAAUGUGUGGCUAGAAGAAGCUGAAGCAAGUCUCCGAGUCAUGUGUAACAGAAUUAACAGGAAUAAGUAUCUGAGACGUGAAUAUUAUGCUCAGAAGGGAAAGGCACGACCUCAGUUCAGGUUCAAGCAUUCGAUUUUUUAAGUAAAAUCAGUGUCACUACAAUUGCUGCUUCAAAAAAGAAAAAAAAAAGAUAUGGAAGCAACAGUACUGAAAUUAUUUAUACCUUUAUAUGUUGACAUACUCUAUUUAACACUAAAACCUGAAAGUCUUACACUGAAUUACACUAACCUUUGAAAAUAACUGAAAGCUUUACUAAUUAUUACUGUAAUUUCUAUCAUAAAUUACACUAAGCAUUUUUACAACAGGAUUUUUCCCAGCAUAUUACCCAUUGCUGCCACUGGAUAGAUUAAAAGUGCUGGCACUUAAGAGAUUGUGUGAGAAAUUGCACUAAAAACAAAAAAAUUAAGAAGAGACUGAAAGCAACUUUCAAUAUUUAGUUAAUUUCUCUUAAAUUAUUUUGAAUCUGCUUCUUAGCAUCAGGUUGGAAAAGAGCCAGUGCAGCUGUAUGGAGAGUUCCUACUGGAAAACAUUGCUUCCGUGUUUUGAAAUACAUAGCUCACUCUCAGGAAAUUUUGUAGAUUUCAGCUGAAAUGACUUUAUGUACGAGGGGAUUUUCCAUGGCAUUUACACAUCUCCAUUCAGUUAUAACAUCUAAUCUGUGUGUGUUUACUCUUCACAUCAACUUGCAGACUGUAAUCCAUAUCUUAACAUUUUGUAAGUCACAGAGCACACAGCUCUGUGGUAAGCUAAAACAACAAUAUGAUGUAGUAAAUUAAUAAAACUAAAAAUUAUAGAUGUAUAAUUAUAUAUAUAUAUUUGUUCAGAUUUAACUGGAAAUUUGUAUGUGUGCUACUGGACUUUACAAAAUAAAGUACUAGA